AUGUUGAAGGUUAGUGCAUGUUUUCGGCGCUCUUCGGUGUUCCGCGCCGGCGCGCUGCGGCAGACCCCGCUCUGCUUAAACAAGUGCAACGGCACCCUGUACGACCGCAAGCCGCAGUGGAACCCUCUGCGCGAAUUGCAAGUUCCGCUGCGGAAGACAGUGGACGAUGUGGCCACGCUUGAUGGCACUCUGGACAUGGUGGGCUACCAGCUAUUCCGCGAUGGUCUACUGCCGCCGCCGCCAGCACGCGCGCUUCUGGAGAGGCGCACACCGGCGGACAUCCGUAAAGUGCAGCGUGAGCGUGCCCAGACCGAGGCGCGCAUGAAGAAACAUGGCGUGGUGCUCCGCCGCAGCAUUAAGGAAACAUAUCUCACCAUUGGCUGCGACGAAGCCGGCAGGGGGCCUCUGGCGGGCCCAGUCGUGGGAGCGGCGGUGUGCCGUGUGCCGCUCUCAAGCUUCAACAACGAGUUGCGCGCUGUGUACGACGAACAGGAGCAGUUUCAGAUUUUUGACAGCAAGUCGGUGUCGGAGGCGCAACGCAACUUAGUGUUCAAGAACAUCACGGGGUACAACAACAUCUUUGAGUUAGUGGCGGAUAAGACGUUUGUGGUGCACCACGCUGGCUGCGACUCUGCACCUGGUAAUGUUCUCACGAAGCGGUUCCCAUCACAUGCAAAGUUACAGAAGUUGUCAUUCAAGAAGCUCUUGUCGAUGCAGACACCAUAUCUAAUUUCUUACAGUGGUGCUCACAUCAGCGGCAACUACUUAUACCUGUGGGCUAUAGGAAUAGCAAACCACACGUACAUUGAUAUGACUAACAUUUACAUGGCUUCGAUGCACACAAUGCACCGCUCCUGCCUUUCUAUUUGGCGCGCGCUUAACGAUACACGAUUUUUAAUCGAAAAGGCUUCACGUCCAAAGCAGUGCUCCAUUGCACAGUACCUAUUCUCCCGUUUUUGCAUCGCUGCCGCGCAUGACGAUCGCAAACGCUACGAAUUACCGUCACACAUCGAACUUGUAGAUGGGGCAAAGGAUUUCUUUGACGUUGAGCCCGUGCAGCCGCCGCUGAUCUUGGUAGACGGUCACGCUGCGCCCGAGGAAACGUUAUCUGUCUUUACAGACCUGCAGAUCGGCGGCUACGUCCAACCAAUUAUAGAAGGUGACAAGCGUAGCUUGACGAUAGCGGCAGCAUCUUGUCUUGCCAAGGUCUCCCGUGACGAGAUCAUGAACUAUCUGAGCACGCUGUAUCCCAGAUACCAGUUCGCGGAGAAUAAAGGGUAUCCGGUGGAAUACCACAUGCGUGCUGUGCAGCGUUACGGUUUGUCUGCGAUUCACCGCAAGUCAUACAAGCCCUGCGCAGCUGCGAUCACAAGGCAGUUGAAGCGCAAGGCGAAGGAGUCCCGGCCAUAG